UGCUGUCCCCCGGGGCCGCGCGCCGCGGACCUGCGGCCCCCGGGAGCACCGCCGGGAGCCCGGGUGGAGCCCCGCAGGGCGUGCGGCCUUCCCUCCUGCGGYUGACUGCAGACUCGCUGGUCACCACUUGGCUGCCACUCCUGAACUGGAUGCUGACAGUGCGUUUGGCUGAACUGCAGAACUUUCUGCUCAUGUACAUAGCAGGGAUGUUCUUAAUAGCAUUUUCUUCAUUUUUAACGGAGGAGGAAUGGGGGAGAUAGAAGGAACGUACAGAGUCCUGCAGUCUGCAGGGAUACGCUUGAGUACCCAGACCCCCAUGGGAGUGAGCACCCUCGAACCAGGGCAGAAGUUGUCACCCAGAAUGCAGGAGAAGCACCUGCACAUCAGAGUGAAGCUGCUGGACAACACUGUGGAGACGUUUGACACCGAGCCCAAGUGUGUYGGCCAGCUCUUGCUGAUGCAGGUGUGGAAGCGCUUGAACCUGAUUGAGUGCGACUACUUCGGGUUGGAGUUUCAGAACGUCCAGUCCCAAUGGAUUUGGCUUGAACCUAUGAAACCCAUCAUUAGGCAAGUACGAAGACCAAAGAAUGCAGUGCUUCGCCUAGCUGUGAAAUUCUUCCCACCUGAUCCUGGUCAGUUGCAAGAAGAAUAUACAAGGUACUUGUUUGCCUUGCAACUCAAGAGAGACCUCCAGGAAGAGCGCCUGGCCUGCACUGCCACCACAGCGGCCCUGCUCACAGCCCACCUCCUGCAGGCGGAAAUAGGAGAUUACGAUGAGACCCUGGAUCGAGAACACCUCAAGGACCACGAGUACUUGCCUAGCCAGGAGUGCUGUCUCGAGAAGAUCCUGGACUUCCAUCGGAGGCACAUGGGCCAGACGCCUGCUGAGUCGGAUUUCCAGGUCCUAGAGAUUGCUCGCAAGCUGGAGAUGUAUGGUAUCAGAUUCCACACAGCUUCCGACAGGGAGGGGACCAAGAUUAACCUGGCAGUGUCGCACAUGGGUGUCCUGGUGUUCCAGGGAACCACCAAAAUCAACACCUUCAACUGGUCCAAGGUCCGUAAACUGAGCUUUAAGAGGAAACGGUUUCUUAUCAAACUCCACCCGGAGGUCCAUGGACCCUACCAGGACACGUUAGAAUUCUUGUUGGGGAGCAGAGAUGAGUGUAAGAACUUCUGGAAGAUCUGUGUGGAGUACCACACCUUUUUUAGACUUCUUGACCAGCCCAAGCCAAAGGCAAAAGCUGUCUUCUUCAGCCGGGGCUCCUCCUUCCGAUACAGUGGGAGAACUCAGAAGCAGCUGGCAGAGUACGUCCGAGACGGUGGGGUGAGGAGAACGCCAUAUGAAAGAUGGCACAGCAAGACCCAGGCAUCCCUCCGUGCUCUGACUGCAGACCUGCCAAAACAGAGCAUCUCAUUGGCCGAGGGCUUGAAGACUUCUGCCUCCCUGUCUCCAGCAAAUGUCUCCUGGGGUCCAUUCCCCUCCUCCCCGGGGUCCCCUCCUGGCCUGCCCAGCUUCAAGGACAGCAGCAGCCCCCUUAUAGACCCCCCAGCUCCCGAUGCCAAACGUGCAGCCUCUGAGCGGAGCCGCAGAGCAGCAGCUGGAGGCCCCGGCCUACCCUCAGCCCCCCCGCCCGGGCCCCCCGAGCCCCAGCUGGUUCCAGGCCUUUCUGUGGACGGUGCUCAGCCUUCUUCCUCCAGCCAGAGGAGCCCCCUGAGCCUGCACCCCAUACUGCAGGUCACUCUGGGCCCAGCCGAGCAGGGCCUGGGCCCCCUCCUGAGCCCUGCCCUCAGUGAGGCUGCUGGAGCCCAGACACAGGACCAGGAGGAACCUCUGCACAAGCUCAUGCCAGAAGACGAGGCCUAUUUCAUAGCCAAGGAGAUUCUUGCUACAGAACGGACGUAUCUGAAGGAUCUAGAAGUGCUCACUGUGUGGUUCCGCAGCGCCGUGGCCAAGGAGGGUGCCAUGUCCGCGGCCCUGAUGACCCUGCUCUUCUCCAGCAUCGACCCCGUCUACAAGUUCCACAGAGGCUUCCUGCGCGAGGUGGAGCACAGGCUGGCACUCUGGGAGGUUCCCCCCGGCACCAACACGCCAGGUGACCACCAGCGCAUCGGAGACGUCCUGCUUCCGGCCAUGCGCCAGCUCAAGGAGCUCACCAGCUACUUCCAAAGGCACGACGAGGUCCUGACAGAACUGGACAAGGCCACCAAGCGCUGCAGGAAGCUGGAGCUGCUCUACCAAGAGUUCGAGCUCCAGAAGGUCUGCUACCUGCCUCUCAGCRCGUUCCUGCUGAAGCCCCUCCAGCGGCUGGUGCGCUACCGUCUGCUGCUGAGCCGCCUGUGCCAGCACCACCCACCAGGCCACCGGGAUCAUGCCGACUGCCACGACGCCUUGAAGACCAUUACAGAGGUGACCACCACGCUCCAGCACAGCCUCACCCGCCUGGAGAACCUGCAGAAGCUGAUGGAGCUGCAGCGGGAGCUGGUGGGCGUGGACAGGCUCGUCGCCCCCGGGAGGGAGUUCAUCCGGGAGGGCUGCCUGCACAAGCUCACCAAGAAGGGCCUGCAGCAGAGGAUGUUCUUCCUGUUCUCAGAUGUGUUGCUGUACACAAGCAAGAGUGUAGCGGGGACCAGCCACUUCCGGAUCCGGGGUCUCCUUCCACUCCGCGGCAUGCUGGUGGAGGAGAGUGAGAGCGAAUGGGCUGCUCCUCACUGCUUCACCAUUUAUGCAGCACAGAAGACAGUUGUGGUGGCAGCCAGCACGCGACAGGAAAGGGAGAAGUGGAUGCUGGACCUGAAUGCUGCCAUUCAAGCAGCCAGGAGCAGCAGCACCCCGUCCCCGGAGCUGCCAGGGGGCAUCUUGUGCACGCAAGCCCCCAGGUCCUCUGAUGAGAUCUCACCGGAGCAGGAGUCUGAAGAAGAUGCCCGGGGGACCCGAGGCUCCCUGGAGGGGCAGGUCCAGCACCGGGCCAACACYAUGAUGCACGUGUGCUGGUAUCGCAACACGAGUGUGUCCAGGGCUGACCACAGUGCCGCUGUCGAGAACCAACUCUCAGGGUAUCUGCUGAGAAAGUUCAAAAAUGGUGACGGCUGGCAGAAGCUCUGGGUGGUCUUCACCAACUUCUGUYUGUUCUUUUAUAAGACUCAUCAGGACGACCACCCCCUGGCCAGCCUCCCUCUGCUGGGCUAUAGUGUGAGUGUCGCCACGGAAGCUGAUGGCAUCCACAAAGACUAUGUCUUCAAGCUGCAGUUCAAGUCCCACAUCUACUUCUUCCGGGCUGAGAGCAAGUAUACGUUUGAGAGGUGGAUGGAGGUGAUCCAGAGGGCCGGCACCUCACCUGAGCGGCCUCCAAGAUUCCUGCAGGACUGUCCAUAUGCUGCCUCAGGGUCCGAAGGGGCAGUCAGGGAGGAGGAAGAGUGAACCCAUCUGGCCUGGACCAGGACCUGCUGUGGAGGGCUGUGGACAGCAGACCCAGCUGGGGCCCCAGAGCUUCCUGCCAGGCAGGAGGCGGCACCAACAGCACUGGAGGCCUCAGUGACRCCCUGGCUUUUCCCCUCACAAUGCAGUGCAGGCCAGUGGAUGGCUGGGAAACAGAUGUCUCCAUCUCAUAGGUUCUCAAACCCUGCUUGGAGUGUGGGGCAGGGCCCCAUCUGAGGGCAGGCCUUGAACAACCAGGCAGAUAGCCCCACACCUGCCUGCAGCCCCAUCCACAUCAGUCAGGCCUUGGAUGCAGGCCCUGCAGAGGCCCCAGGCUGGCCCAGGGGUCCCUGCAAGGUUAGUCUAGCGGAGCUGACCAGUCUCUACUCCAUGGGCCUCUGGAACAGCAGAGCUGAGCCCCUGGCCAGGGAGGAGUCACAUGCCACCUGUUAACUUUUGUGACUGAAGAUAAACAGCAUCUUCUCACCCGC